CUGGAGUGAUCAUUCACAGGUGUUAACACUCGAAACGCUUUGUGAGGUCUGGCUCUUUGACAAAAUCUCGCAGAUACUGUGAAGACAGUUGAAGAUGGUUUUCAGCAUAAGGACUGUGUUUGUUCUGCUGCUGAUCUGUCUACAGCUGGCCGAGCCUUUAAAGAAACCUCGUUGGCUUCGACGACUGUUGCCCUCUAAAACUGCUAACACCAAACAAGAAGAUGAUAAAAAUGCCAUCAAAAGUGCAACUGAUCUCAACAGCAACUUGGAAUGGGUCACAUCGGCGAAAGUGCCAAAGAAUGCAGUUUCCGUCAAGGAAGGAGAAAAAGAGUAUUACAUUGCUAAACACCAGCCAAAAUGUGAGCCUUGCUUUUUUGACAGUGCUCGGACAUCAUGUGUAUCAGUGGAGGAUAAAAUCAGCUCAGUUAAAUAUAAUGACAUUAUGUUUUUAGUGAACAAGGAUAACUUUGAAAUUAUAGAAUUAAAGAAAUAUACCAAUCAAAAGAUCCCAGAUAUGGCAAUAGAAAUAUGUGAUGAUUACAUUAUUUUGGCCUCUGAUUUACAAAAAAGUAUUUCUGAAACAACUGAAGUCCUCGCCUUAAACACUGACUUUAAAAUGCAGCACUUAAACAUUGUUGAGUAUUUAAUGUCAAGUGUGGUGAUGGCAGAAAACCUAGAAGUUCUUAAACAUUUCCAAGCUUCCAAUGAGAACUGCAAACCAUCCAAACAAACAGUGAAAUUUGACCAAAAUAUUGAUAAAACAACUACUUACCAAAGAGGUAGAUCUCAUACAUUUGGAGGAAAUGUAGAGUUAUCAGUCAGUGGUACAAUUCUAUCUAUGAUAAGUAUUGGAGGAAAAUUUGGGCUUAAAUAUGAUCAUAGCCGGUCCCAUUCUAACACUACGUCUACAGCUGAGAAAACCCUGCACUCUGUGGGUAUAGAGGUGGAGAUUCCACCCAACCAUUCUUGCACCAUUGACAUUAUGAGCAAUACCUUCAUAGCUGAAGUCCCGUUCACUGGCGAAAUGACUAGAAUAUACAAAAACAACGAAAUACGCAAGACCUCCAUCAAUGGCACCUACAUCCAUCAGGAAGUAGCGGAAAUUCAAACACUUGUGAAUCCCUGCCAACCUCUUUCUGAGAGUAGGAAAUGUCAGACAAAACAUACAUAACCAGUGUGCAGUGUCUGUACUGGAAAACAAUGUUGUAAUGUGUAAGUGUAUGAUUAUAAUAGAUUAUAACAGAAUGUCAAGA